AUGGCUGCCUAUUUUAGUUACUAUUCACCCGUUCCUGCCCUAAUUAUAGUCUUCUCUGUUUACCUCUCCACAUUUUCCCUAGUUGAAGCUGUUAAAAAUGGUGGUGGGUUCACUGUCGAUAUUAUCCACCGUGAUUCAUUGCUUUCUCCAACCUAUGACUCAUCGGUGACUCGUUUCGAGCGUCUGCAGAAUGCGUUCCAUCGAUCGGUGUCUCGCGCCAAUAAUUUCAAGAAAAGCGCAAUCUCUCCACAGCAAAUUUCAACCCAAGUUAUCCCUAAUGGUGGUUCAUAUCUUAUGAAAAUUUCAUUUGGUACUCCAUCAGUGGAUACCCUCGCAAUUGCUGAUACAGGUAGUGAUCUCAUUUGGAUUCAAUGCAAGCCUUGUGAACAAUGUUUCAGGCAAAAUGCUCCUUUAUUUGAUCCAACCAAAUCAUCAACCUAUCGAAACUUAUUAUGCAGUUCUAAAGAAUGUGAUUUGUUAGGUACUGGUUUUAAUGGUUGUUCUUCUAAAGCUAAUGCUUGUGAGUAUGCUUAUCAAUAUGGGGACAGUUCCUUCACUAAUGGCCUUCUUGGUACUGAGACAAUCACAUUGGGUUCUACUAGUAGUGGUGGUAGAUCAGUCCCUUUACCAAGAAAAAUCUUUGGUUGUGGACACAACAAUGAUGGAACCUUUAGUGAAAGAGAAGGUGGUCUAGUUGGCUUAGGAGGGGGUCCUCUAUCACUGAUUUCACAACUGCAAACAUCUAUUGGUGGCAAGUUCUCUUACUGCUUGGUUCCUCUAGAUAAGGUAAAUGUGACAAGCAAAUUGAAUUUCGGUAGUCAAGCUGUUGUUUUGGGUGCCGAUGUCGUUUCGACUCCUUUAGUGUCGAAAAACCCGGUUACAUUCUAUUAUGUGACCCUUGAAGGAAUAAGUGUUGGAAACAAGAGAUUGGCAUAUAAGAGUUCAUCUAAGGUUGGUGUUGAUGAGGGAAAUAUUAUACUUGAUUCAGGUACAACAUUGACAUUUCUCCCAUCUGAUUUCUACCAAAAUCUCGAAUCAGAAGUGAAGAAUUUGAUUAAUGGUGAAAGUGUUCCAGACCCUCAAGGGUUAUUUAGUUUAUGCUAUACAGCUGAUACAGAUGUUAAUGUUCCAAUCACUGCCCAUUUUACUGGUGCUGAUGUGAAGUUGAAACCACUGAAUACUUUUGUUGGUAUAUCUGAAGAAGUUGUCUGCUUUGCCUUUAUCCCUCAAAAUGGUUUGAGUAUAUUUGGGAAUAUAGCUCAAAUGGAUUUCUUGGUUGGCCAUGAUCUUGAAAAAAGAAAGGUGUAUUUCAAGCCAGUUGAUUGCACAAAGCAUUAG